AUGAAUGUAUACUCGUCGGAUAUCCAAUAUCAUCAAUUCCAAUCCAAUGGUCAUCUUCGACACAAUUAUGAUAUCUUAACAGAGAAAGUGGAAGAAUUAAUUCGGAUAUGCGAGUCAACAUUCGUUACAUCCCAAUCACAGACAGACAACCUUAUAAAGUCAUUACAGGCCACAAUUGAGUUAAUCUCGAACAAUCAUGAACCUGAUUCCGAUUAUCCAAUUCAUGUUUAUCGAAAACUACAACGACUAGUUGAGGGAUAUAGACAAUUAAUCAAAUAUUUACAAUCCGAUGAUCACGAACCUGGACUGAAUGGUAGUGUGACGGAGAUUUUGCAUGGGGAUGGGAUAUCUCCAAUAUCAAGUCCCUCUUUAUUUGAGACGCCUCAACGACAUCAAAAAGAAUCCUCUGAGAUAUCAUUACCCCGUCAGCCUCAACAAACCACCACCACCGUCGAUACCAACAGUGAAUUCGAUGACGAAGAAGAUGAUUACGAUGAUAUUGAUUCCGAAUUGCAUAACAGUUUAAUCACGUUGAAACCCAUGAAAUUAAAUCGAGCAGAAACACCCCGAUUAGUCCCCAACGUAAAUACUAGUCCAUUCAAGAACAAUAUCCCCCCGGGAAUGAUUUCUUCCACGCCGACUAAACAACAAAUGAGUCCUCAUUCUGUGAUCAUCCCCUCGCCAGCUUAUGAAUAUAUGAAGUCUCAUGCGGUGGAUAAUACAUUUACUACUACUGAUACAUUGGAAUAG